AUGGCGCCGUCCAUCGAUUCGGCCCUGGGCACGGCCGACAUGGCUAACGAGCAGAGGGGCCUUCUCGAGCUCAUCGACAAGCUUCAGUUCGCCCAGCUCGACAAUGUCAAGCUGCCGCAAAUCGUCGUGGUGGGCGAUCAGUCUGCAGGCAAGAGUUCGGUUCUCGAAGCCAUCACCGGCACCCCAUUUCCUCGCGAUGCGGGCGCUUGCACACGAUUCGCGACCGAGAUUCGCAUGAGGCGAUCCAACGAGCCGUCACUCACUGUCUCCAUCAUUCCUGACAAGCACCGCAACUUUUCGCGAUCAGGAGCGCCUGAAGCAAUUUCGGCGGCAUGUGGUUCCCGCACCAUCGGCGUCUUGACGAAGCCCGAUCUUUGCGAGUCGAUCGGCCUCGAAGACAAAUUUAUCGAUCUCGUCCAGAACAGAGACCAGGCCAAUUUCUUCAAGCUCGGCUGGUACGUCUUGCUGAAUCCUGGACCUCGCGACCAAGGCCAGCCCUGGCCUACUGCUCGCGAGCGUCAGGAGCGCGAGCAAGAAUUCUUCGGCCGCGGCAAGUGGCGCGCCCUGCCAGAGUCCAUGUGUGGUGUGCCGGCGCUGAAGCAGAAGCUCAGCGUCCAGCUGCAGCGUCAUAUUGGCCGCCACGUUAAGACGCUCAGGAAACAGAUCCAGACGGCGCUGGAUACUUGCGACACGGAGCUCAAGUCCAUGGGCGAAGGCAAGGACACGGUGCCCGAGAUGCGGGUUGAGCUUGUAGAACUCUUCUCGUCCUCCAAGGAGCUCGUCAUUCCCGCCGUUUACGGUUUCUACAAGAACCCUCCUCGCAAGAACUUCUUCCGCGCCACGGCCGACCCUCGAGGCACGCCCGCUCAAAACCUUCGCGCCCGCGCCAUUGAAGAGAACGAGAAGUUUUCGCAUCGCAUCCGCCAGAACGGCCGCAAAUUUGGCUUUGCCUCAUCGACCGACCCCCGCGCGCCCAACGCUGUGCCCCUCGGCGACAGCGGCAAGAAGGAGUUCGUCGCACACGAGGUCGAGAUGCUUCUGCGCCAGAUUCGCGGUUCCGAGUUUCCCAUGGACCCCAAGCCUCGUGCCGUCUACAUGCUUUUCCAGAGUUACUCGGAGAACUGGCCCAAGCUGGCCCAGGAGCACAAGGACAACCUUGGCGUCGUCUGCAACGAGUUUCUCAGUGAGGUCAUUGACUUUGCCUGGCCGCAGCGCAUGAGGGAACCGCUGCGCGCGCAGUUCCUCGAUCCCCAGAUGAGGGCCCUCAUGGCCAGUGCCCAGGAGGAGCUCGAGCGACUCACACAAGACAUGAACCUUGAGAUCCAGCCCUAUGAUCCCGAGUACGAAGAGCGCCUGCGCAAGUGGCACGUCGAGACGACAAAGGAUGGUGGCACCUACAAUGAGGCGCAGGAGGUUUUGGAGAAGAUGUUGAUCUUCUACGAGCUUGCCGCCAAGACUUUUAUUCGCAACACCAUUACGCAAGUCAUUGAGCGUCACUUGCUUCAGGGCAUGUAUGGCAUCUUCAAUUCGGUCGCCAUCAUGGGUAUGGCGGAUGAUGGCGUCGAGGCCAUCGCAGCCGAGAACAAGGAGACGCGUGACAAGAGGAUGGCACUCAAGACACAGAAGAACGCCAUUGAAGAGGCCAGAGACAUUUGCGCCAGCCUCGCCAUGCGCAAGGAGUUGCGGGCCUACGCUGAUGAAGAUCGCGACAUCGAGGAAACCUCCGACGAGGACGACGAGUCGCGCCCCCAGGAACGCCCCCAACAGCACCCACGACAAGCUACCGCGUCCUCCAACACCCAGCCUCCCCCUCCCAGGGCAUCGACAGAGGCUCAUCGCCCGGCGCGCAAGCCCACGGCACCCCAGGCUGAUGCCGUCGUGAACGGCAACUACACCCAUGCGUCGAACGGCGCGCCUCAGGGUCUGCCAACGCCCCGUGUCGAGGCACCUCGCACCCAGAGCUCGGGCGAUUGGCACAGCGAGGAGCAGCCGGUGCGGUCGGUGCCGCAUCAUGCCCCACCCCCGCCGCCGCGGCCCGAGAAGCUGAGGACGGAGGACCAGUACGGGGUCAGCCCUGUGGAGAACGGCUACGGGUCGUACGGCGCCGAGACGGAGUAUCCCCCUUCGGCGUCGCGGGACUCGAGGCGCGUUUCGGCGAAGAAGCUGUUUGGCAGGUCGUGA